GGAAGGACCCUUCGAAAGUUGAGAUUAUCUCUGGGGCCAUGGACUCGGACGCCAGCCUGGUGUCUAGCCGCCCGUCGUCGCCAGAACCCGAUGAUCUUUUUCUGCCGGCCCGAAGCAAGGGCGGCAGCAGCAGCGGCUUCACGGGGGGGACCGUGUCCUCGUCCACGCCGAGCGACUGCCCGCCGGAGUUGAGCGCGGAAUUGCGAGGGGCCAUGGGCGCUGCGGGCGCGCAUCCCGGGGACAAACUGGGCGGCGGCAGUUUCAAGUCGUCUUCCUCCAGCACUUCCUCGUCCACGUCGUCUGCAGCCACGUCGUCCACCAAGAAAGACAAGAAGCAGAUGACUGAGCCCGAGCUGCAGCAGUUGCGCCUGAAGAUCAACAGCCGCGAACGCAAGCGCAUGCACGACCUCAAUAUAGCCAUGGAUGGCCUGCGGGAGGUCAUGCCGUAUGCGCACGGCCCAUCGGUGCGCAAGCUCUCCAAGAUCGCCACGCUGCUGCUGGCGCGAAACUACAUCCUGAUGCUCACCAACUCACUGGAGGAGAUGAAGCGACUGGUGAGCGAGAUCUAUGGCGGUCACCAUGCCGGCUUCCACCCGUCCGCCUGUGGCGGCCUGGCACACACGGCGCCACUACCCACCGCCACAGCCCACCCCGCAGCCGCAGCGCACGCCGCGCACCACCCGGCCGUGCACCACCCCAUCCUUCCUCCCGCAGCCGCAGCCGCAGCUGCCGCAGCCGCUGCUGCAGCGGUGUCCAGCGCCUCCCUGCCGGGCUCCGGGCUGUCCUCGGUGGGAUCCAUCCGGCCUCCCCACGGCCUGCUCAAGUCUCCAUCGGCUGCCACAGCCGCCCCUCUCGGAGGCGGGGGUGGCGGCAGCGGUAGCAGCGGUGGCUUCCAGCACUGGGGCGGCAUGCCGUGCCCCUGCAGCAUGUGCCAGGUGCCACCGCCGCACCACCACGUGUCGGCCAUGGGCGCCGGCAGCCUGCCGCGCCUCACCUCCGACGCCAAGUGAGCGGGCCAGCGGGGGUGCGUUCUGGAGAGCCAAGGGCUGUGGAGCAGCCAGGACUGGCCAGCGCUGGGGCUCCGGAACUCCGUUGUGAGAAGGGGAGCUAGACUACGGGCUGGGCCUAGGGGAUUACAGGGAGUCCUGUCUCUGGGAACGGAAGUAAUGGGAGCAUUUGGAGCAAUAGGGAGCGAGGCACACUUGCUCCAGAACCUGGUUAACUCUUUGACUGAACUCUCGGUGGCUCUGGGAGACGCCGCGGUACAAAAUGGCCACAACUCGCGGGUACCUCCAUCACUGGAACGCCCACUCUGCACCGCUAGGAAGAGUCUAAAACUGUCUUUCCCAUGUGCUCAGAAUGACUCCCUGUCUCGGCUUAGGCAGCUUGUAGCCAAGAGGUAGAUCACAGGGGCACUUGGCAACCUUUACCCAUUUCGGGCCAGGUAGGAGACUCCCAGAAGCCGCACUAUGGAAGCCACCGGCAAGCCUCACUCCCAAGGUUCAUCCCUGACCCAGGGCCAAGGGCCCUAAACUAGUUGACGCUGGCGUGGGUACCAGAAGCACUUAGGGACGUGUCCCAUUUCCAUAACUGGGGAAACUAUGUGGUCUCAGAAGUGUGACCCUCUGUCCUGUCUCUCCUGUUGACUUGUGGUUUCCUAACAAAUCUGUGAAUGUUCCUUUUUCCGACCACGCGAGCAAGUUUUACAGUCGCUCGAAAUAGAAGCACUUGCGGAAGGGAAUAAUCCAAAUUACCGAUAUGGGGGGACGGGAUGCUUUUUAGAUCUUAUUUUUAAAUAGAAACCACACACACCGCCCCCCAUUCUAAGCACAAGGUAAUUUGGUUUCUUACCCGAUUGGGGAUAGCUGUUUUAGGUACCUGAGGGCUUGCCAGAACAGUAACAUCAAAAAGUCGCUGUGAAUAUCGUUUGCGUUAUUUGGGAGGGGGUUCUGUUGGGACUUUGAUAAUUUCUUGUGUAUGUAAAUAUAAUAUAAAUGAAGUGCACGAUACUAGGUUCUUUGUUCAAGUGGCUGCCAGCCCCUCCGGAGUCUAAGCCGGCUGUUUUCUUUCGCUGCGCUACAAGGCGGGCUUCACGGGGCCGGCCGUCUGCCUCCUACCACCCCAACUCUCCGCGCGGCCCCUGCAGAGUCGUAUCUAUCAUCUGUUUUAUUUUUGUAAAGAAAAAAGUGCUAAAUAAUAUUUAUUACUU